AUGGAAUCAAGCAGAAAGACGUCGUUACCUCAUAAAACGCCUAAGCAACAAUACCAGCAGCAGUUAUCUUCAGCAGGGAAUACGACACAUCGCCAACGUAACUCAAAGCAUCCAAACGACACUACUACCUGUCCGGCAAAGAAUCUUCCCCCUGUAAAGAAUGCAGCGUCACUUUUGAAAAAUACCUCUUCAUCGCUUUCAACUAAUGGUGCUGACGGCAGCGUUGGUUUUGGUGUUAACUUGAAUGCUAGCAACAGUAUUCCAGCUCCGGUACGAGCCUCAGGCCCACCUCCGGCGCGAACCCAAGCUUCAGUUUCAAUAACUCCAUCUUCGUCGUUUGAUGUCUCGGCCAAGACUCGUUUAUAUCGUUCUUCGGCUACGACGGACUGCACGAAGAAGAAGUUCGCUGAUGGAAUCACUGAAGUUCGUACGAGCAGCUUUUCAUCGACAUCAUCACCAUCAACUGAUUGGUCGGGAAGAAGAAAAGGUGUAUCGGGAAUUAACAAAAAUAACAGUGGCGCUAAUGAUAAUGCAAAUAUUAAUACCGCUCAUGAUAGAGGUAAUCCGUGGAAAAGAGAAACGCCAUCAGUGGUGGCUACUUCAUCAAUAGUAGCAGCUGGUUGUAAGGAUAAUGCAACAGUUGGAUCCGAAAGUGUCGAUCAUUCGAGAAGGAAUUGUUGGAAAAUAGAUGAAAGAGAACCGAAAGGCUUCAAAGGUUCGGUUGGGUUAAAAAAGAGGGAGGAUGAAGGUGGGACACAAGGUCAGCAGGGAACUCCGACUCCCGCCGAGGCUGAGGCUCAGAGCCAGGCCGGAACAUCGAAUCAGCUUGACUCGGCGGCUGCGUUGGAUGACAACUCACAUGCUUACGUUGGUCUUCAGAAUCAGGCAAACACGUGCUAUCUAAACUCAUUGAUCCAAACACUGUUUAUGACACCUGAAUUUAGGAACGCAAUUUUUAAAAUGAUGUUCAAUGGAACAAAAGACGAGGAAAUGCGCAGCAUAGCGUGUCAACUCAAGAAAAUUUUCGCGCUCUUGCAAACGACCGGUGAAAAAUCACUGCAAACAACAGAUAUAACGAAUUCGUUCGGAUGGAAGAAUAACGAAGCACUUGAACAACAUGAUAUACAAGAGCUGUGUCGCUUGAUGUUUGACGCACUCGAGCAGAAGUGGCGUAAUACACCAAAUGCAGAGCUCGUUCAGAAUCUCUAUCGAGGAACAAUGUUGGAUUACGUGCAGUGUCUCAACUGCAAACGUCAAAACGUCAAAUUUGUACCGUUUCUUGAUUUACCAUUAGCUACAAAGCAUUGUGCUACGGGCACACCUUUCGAGAGUAUUGAAGAAGCUCUUCAUGCCUUUGUCAAACCAGAGAGGGCUGAAAGCAGCAGUGAUGCAGCAGCAUCUCCGACGAAGAUAGAUUACGUGCAACGUGCAGAGGAGCAAUCUAUGCGUAUUGAUGAGGAUGAAGUAAAUGAAUUAUUAAAAAAGGAUGGACCAUAUGUUUAUGAGUUGUUUUCGGUGCUUGUUCAUCAGGGAACAAUAUCAAACGGGCAUUAUUUCGCUUAUGUGAAGAAUAUGGACCAAAAAGAGUGGUUCUGUUUCAACGAUAGUCACGUAACACGAGCCACACUUGAGCAAAUUCAUCAAACUUGGGGUGGUAUGAAAGGGGGUUGGUCAUCCAGUCAUACAAAUGCUUAUAUGCUCAUGUAUAGAAAGGUCGACCGUCAAAGGAAUGAGAAAUUCAUGAAAACAGUGGAUAUGCCAAAUGAUUUGAAAAUGCAGUUGAAACGUUGGCAUCAGGAAGAGGUGGAAAAGUUGGAGGAAUGGCGCUAUGAAGCAACUCUUGUGAAUGUGAGCGUAAUGUACAAUAGUAGUGAUGGUAGUGGUUCGGUGGGAGGUUGGUGGCAUCGACGAGUUGGUUGUGCCAGUGGUGCAAAGUAUCAUCUGCGUGUUUCAUACACGGUCAAACUUUACGAGAUAUACAUUCGUGCAAUACGUCGUUUCAUUGAACGUAGGUGUGACGACCGUUCGAUUGAAGAAGACUUCAGACUGUUGAAAUGUAACAGUUGCUUAUUCAAUAUUGUGGAUGAGUUCAGCAAGGAACAACUUUUGGAGAUGAGUAUUGCGGAUGCAUUCCCGUCAUGCACAAAAGAGACGGCAGCGAAUUGCGCUAUAAGCACGAGAGGACAGCACCGUUCAGGGAGCAAGUCAAACACUCGUCGUGGUGCUGAUGUGUAUUUGGUAUUGGAUUGUAAACCGAGUGCAAUGAAGAAGUUUUAUGGAAUUACCAAAACGAGUGACGACGGUCUCAGUGGCGCUUUCACUCUGAAUGUCGUUCCGCUGGACGUACAAAAUGGUACUUAUGGACGUGCACGUUUGGUGCAGUUCGCUGACUCUGAAACAGUGGCACAAAUGAAGACGAAAAUUGCUGCGCUGUACGAAGAGUCUGAAGAGUCGGCGGCUGCAUUGCGUUUGGUAUUAGAUAAAGGGAUUGUAUCACCUCCAACAAUGUUUCUCUUCAACAUCGAUGGGUUACAAGCAAGAGACGUCGUUGGUGAUAGGUCUACAAUCGCGAUGAAGUUAUUCGUUGAUUGCGCUUACGAUUACGGUUCACAAGGAAGCAGAGGAGCGAUUAGAAACGCAGAUCGUUGUAAGUCGUUCAGCGAAUCGUUGAUGUGUGAAAUGUUGGAGCGUCAGAAGCGUACAAUCAAGUUGAAGAUCAUAUUACCAGAAUGUGACGACUACAAGCAUAUCACUAUGAACGGUCCACCACCUGAGUCGAUCGUGGCCAGAAGUCGUUCUGUUACACCGAUUCCAUCAACACAGUCAACUGGUGGCUUCAUUCAAAAUGAGCAGGAAAACAACGGCGCGGAGAACGGAAGUAAUGAUGGGUCGAGUAAAAAGUUAUACAGUAACAACAGUAAUGAUGUUGGUGAUUGCAAGACGAAGAUGAAAAAAGAUACUAAUAUUAGUGAUGAUGAUACUGAUUAUCGUCGUGGUGUUGGUUCACAAUUUAAUAUCAACGUUUAUAAAGAUGAAGGAGAUGAGGAUGAUUUUGAUUUGGAUGAUAGCGAUGUGGAUGGAUAUUUGGAUAGAGACGAAGAGCAAAUUACAUUAUCGUUACCAAAAAACAUUGCAUUCUCAGCUUUGAACACCACUCCGGAUGGAGAAUUAACAAUACUGGCUGAUGAUCGUCAGACAGUUUAUAAUUUACGCAGUUGGAUAGCUGAUCAACUUGUCAUUGACGUUAAUCAAUUCGCGAUAUUGAAACAUUAUCGUCAAGGGGAGUCAGGUUAUGAGAGUGCAAUAUGGAACUGCAAUGAGACACUUCAUGAAGCGUAUUCAUCUGUUCUGUAUCUAUCCGUGAAAUUAAGGGAGCCACUUAAGAAGGAUCAAAGACUAGUUCCUGUGGUCAACUACGCACUGAAUGCGGAAGAGCCGGACGAGUGGCUGUUCCUGUUUGACGUGACUGGUACGGUAGAUAUGUCGAUUGGCGAGGUGUUAAAGAUGUGUGAUGAAAAGCUUGGAAUGGUUUAUGGAAGGAACCAUGGAACUGGACGUUUGCGUCUACGGGAAAUGAUAAAUGGAGUGGGUCUCCCGAUUCUGAGUUCUGGAGAUCGUCUUGGGAGACGUGGAAAAAACUGGAAUGAAACGCUGUAUUUGCAAGUUCUUGAAGUUGAUGAGGCGUUAGCAUAUGAAAGAGUCGGUAUUGGUGCCUAUCCAGUGACAGUAUGCCGUUGGAAUCCGACAGAAUUGAGUGUAGGUGAACGCGUUGAGGUAAUCGUCUCAGCAGCAGCACAAGAUCAGAUACGGGCAUUGAAGGGAGCAAUCUCAAGACAGUUUCACGUGAAGUUGGAAGAUAUUGAGUUGUCGACUGCCUAUCCAACUGUUGGUAGUGCAGCCAAAUGGCCGUACACAGUACAACGUUGCGCACUCAUUGAUGAAGUACACUUUUCAAAGGGCGGUCUUAUUCCUGCAUCUGGAACCUUCAAUGGCAAGCUGGUGACAGAAGAAAUGAAAAAUGACAUUCGACGUCAGGAUGGGAAGAAAAAGGGUAAAAUGAAUGAUGAACGCGAGCAUCCGUUGAGAAUUCAAUACUCAAUGAGUGUUUCUGAGGAGUAG